GUAUAAAAUCAAUAUGUUUUGUAAAUAAAACACACACAUUAAGAGGGAACUUUUAGGCAGGUCAUAUUCUAAAGAGGAUGUUAGCCACAACACCAAUAUUUUUAUGCACAGUGUCAUGGACUCUUUAAUGAACACGUCACAUAAGCAAGAAAUCUUCACAGAACAGUACCCUCGGUCACCGUGCCGGGCAAUGGAUGGGACAUUCUGGCACAGAGAGAAGAGCGCCACCUUCUGGUCCACAAACACAUACCGCUUAUAGCAGCUACUAGGUUUUCCUUAGAGGUCCUGGCUAGGCCCAGCCCUACAUACAGUACAGUAACUUCUGAGAUCUGAAGAGAUUAUGCUACAAGCUGCUAAAGCUUAUAUACAGUAUAAUGUAAUCUGUUACACUCGUUUGUGUGACCAUGAGAAAUACCUCCCUAAGGGAGCAACAGUCGAGACUGAACAGAUUCUUGUAAUUGUGUAACACAUACUGUACUUCCAAGCAUUGUUACACUGAGCCCAUGCAGUAAGUAGCCUGCAGUGCAUUGUACUGCUCCAUGUUGCAGUUUUAAAAGCAGCGAGCAUAUACGAAUACACACAGUACCCACAUGCGUGUGUUUAGUAUUCACUUCCUAGUAUUCGUGUUUCUCGCGUCGUUUUAUCAAAGAAAACAGCAAAGACGGAAACGACAAACAGCAAUGCAUUUUCGGACGACUGUCCUAAGCACGGACCGUCUCAGUAUUCCCCCCACUUGCGAGAGGAAAAGCGCUCUUCGGCUGCUGGUCGCGCCGUCCUUCACUUCCGCACAAGAAGAUGAAGAAGCGGCGGCGAUGCCCUUCUGGAGCGCAGGACACGGAGACGUCCCCACGCACGGCACGCUCCGUGUUUACACUCCCACGAAAGGAGGAGACUGGCGCACAGCGUCGGUUUGCAAGCCAGGCACGACAGCUGAAAGGGGAGGAGGAGGAGUGGAAGGGGGGAGAGAAAGUGAUACAGAGAGGGGCUGUAUGGUAUAAAGGAGGAAACCGCAGCUUUCAACAUUUCCUUCUAUAGCGGAAUGUUUUCUCGAAGGAGCCAUGGAGACGUCAAGAAAUCUUCACAGAAAGUUCUGGACCCAAAGAAGGAUGUGUUGACCCGACUCAAGCACCUUCGGUCACUGCUAGAUAUUCUUGAAAGGGGGGAGCUGAAAGCAUUCUUUGAAAACAACUGCUCUCAAAUCUAUUUUAUCUUCUAUGAAAAUUUCAUUACACUGGAAAGUAACUUAAAACAAAAAGGGAACAAAUCACAAAGGGAGGAGCUGGACUCCAUUCUUUUUCUCUUGGAAAAAAUUCUUCAACUUCUUCCAGAAAAGAUAUACAAUAGAUGGCAGUUCCACAGUAUAGGUACUAUUUUGAAGAAGCUUUUGCAUACUGGAAACUCUUUCAAGAUAAGAAGUGAAGGAAUCCGCCUGUUCUUACUGUGGCUCCAGGCGCUCCAGAACAAUUGCUCUGAAGAACAGUUGUUAAUCUUUGCUUGCCUGGUGCCCGGGUUCCCUGCAGUGCCAUCCUCCAGGGGUCCUUGUACUCUGGACACUAUCAUUUACAACCCCUUCUCUAACCCGCCUGAUGCCAAGGUUGUUCCUGAAGAAAUCACACCUCUUGUGCCAGCUGUAGCUGGAGAAAAAGUAGCUGAUGACCAGACCUGCUUUCUUCUUCAAACUCUUCUGAAGUACAUGGUUAUACAGGCAUCAAGCUUAGAAUGGAGAAACAGAGAAAACCAAGACACUGGCUUCAGGUUUCUCUUUGCACUAUUCAAGAAGUACUACCUUCCUCACUUGUUUCCAUGCUUUACGAAGUUGACCAAUUUGUAUAAACCUUUACUAGAUAUUCCUCACCUCAGACCAAAGCCUUUAUAUGUUCCUGUGACUCGCAACAAUGAGAGCACGUACUGCACAAGGGACCAAUACCUGGCGCCACGUGUUGCUUUUAUCAAGUGGCUUGUGACCUUCUUUCUGGAAAAGAAGUAUGUCACGACUGCUGUUCAGAACAGUAAAAAUGGAGUUGAGGUUCUUCCCAAGAUAAUUCAGACUGUGACUGCGGGCAGUACCAGUCAGGAGAAGAACGCGGAGGCCGAGUCGAAUUGUCCUGUUGAGCAGGACAAGAACCAUUCUAACAGCAGCACCCUGUCGGACCGCCGGCACAGUAACUCCAGUUUGUGCAGCAUCGAGGAGGAGCACCGCUCUGUCUAUGACAUGGUGCACAGCAUCCUCCUGUCCACCAGGGACAACGUCAAUUUUGUCAAUGAGGUCUUUCAUCAGGCUUUUCUGUUGCCUUCCUGCGAGGCUUCAGCUACACGGAAAGUGAUUAAAGUUUACAGAAAAUGGAUUCUGCAAGAGAAGCCUAUGUUCAUGACAGAGCCCGAAAAGACCAAGCAAGAAGAGGAGGGAGACGACAUCCCUGUGCAUUUGCUAAUAUCAGAGACUGACAGCAAACAGGCCACAGAAAGCUCUGGGCACAAGCGCACCUCCAGCUGGGGCAGAACAUAUUCCUUCAGCAGUGCAAUAAGCAGAGGCUGCAUCUCUGAAGAGGAGAACCGGGACGUCAAGGCUGGUAUCCAGUCUGUGCUCCAGGUGUUCCUCACAAAUUCAGCCAAUGUCUUUUUACUUGAACCGUGCCACGAUGUCCCCAAGCUAAUGGAAGACCAGGUUGAUGUGUGUAAAGGAGUGCUUAGUAUUUACAGACGGAUGAUUAUGGAACACACCAUGAACCAAAAGACAUGGGAACAGAUGCUGCAGGUGCUGCUCAGAAUAACAGAAGCAGUGAUGCGGAGAUCUCAGGAGAACCAGAGGAAGGACCCAUUUGCAGAGAGCCUGGCAUGUCUCCUUUUCCGGACAAUAAUAGUGGCCUGGGUGCGAGCCAAUCUGAGCGUGUUUGUAUCCAGGGAGUUAUGGGAUGAGCUCCUCAGUGUGUUAUCGUCUCUUACUGACUGGGAGGAACUGAUCAACGAGUGGGCCAACAUCAUGGACUCCCUGACGACAGUGCUAGUCCGCUCGGUCUACGGUCUAGAUAUGAGCAAUCUGCCCCUGGACAAGCUGAGUGAACAGAAAGAAAAGAUACAGAGAGGCAGAGGUGUGAUUCAAGAUGCUCAAAAAGCAGCAGCAGUUGGCAGGUCAUUUUCUCUGAGCUGGAAGAAUCAGGCAGAUGCCCAGGAGCCAAUGAGAUUCAGAAGUGCUACAACGUCAGGGGCUCCAGGGGUGGAGAAAGCACGAAAUAAUGUUCGCCAAAAAGCCACAGCUAAGCGAAGCCAGUCUAUCAGCAACUGUGUGCAGCUUUACGAGGCUUUGCCUGCUACUAAAAGUGUGCCUAUGCUUCUACACACUGUGAGCUCUUUCUUGCCUGGUAUCUCUUCCAGCUCUUGUUCUCAGAGACUUUCAGAGGUGGACGAGUGCCCGCCGGCGGACGGCGGGGCCGAGGGGGAGCCCGCGGAGCUGGGGGAGCAGGGGCUCCCUCGCAGCAGCAGCACCUCCGACAUCGCGCGGCAGCUCUCCGAAACGCUUCAAGGUCAAAAAAGGGAGUAUUCACCAAAUGCCAGUAGUUCAGACAUGAGAACCUGUGGCCUAGAGAACGCCUCGAGAGUGAGAAGAGAGAGUGAGCCUCCUGUGAUUCUCGUACGACGAAGUAGCAGUCCUCCUGAUGUAGAAUACCCUGGGGACUCUCACUUACAUUCCGGAAAGACAAGACUACGAGAAAAAAGUGAGAGUGUGAGCAGUGAAACCUCCAAUGGUUACAUCAACGAGAAUGAUGUCAGCCUGAUGUCAUGGCAGGCUUUUGAGGAAGAGCAGGACUCCCAGUCUCCCAGUGAUGUCACCAUUGACCCAGACACACAGAGAAGUCUUCUGCAGCUGAGCCCCACAGAUGCACUGACAGGUUCUGACUGUGCCCUUCCUCCCCACUCUGCUCCCUCCUCCCACCCCCAGCUCCCCUCUGCUUCACCAGCUUUGCUAGCGCACCCUGACUGCAAGGACUGCCCCCCACUCCUGGAGGAGACGGUGCACCAAUCUGUAUUGCACAUGCCUGAGGACCUGGAUAGCAGCGAGUGCCUGGCUGAUGACAUUAGUAUCAUUGCUGGGGGCAGUCUCACUGGCUGGCAUCCUGACUCUGCAGCUGUGCUGUGGAGAAGAGUUCUGGGAAUUCUGGGAGACGUCAACUGCAUCCGCUGCCCCAAAAUCCAUGCCAAGGUGUUCUGCUAUCUCUAUGAGCUGUGGCACAAGCUGGCAAAGAUCAGAGACAACCAGGGAAUAAGUGUUGAUAAUCAGUCUUCUCCUCCUCGACCAGUACUUAUUCCACCACUGAGGAUGUUUGCAUCCUGGUUAUUUAAGGCUACAGCUCUGCCUCCUCAGUUCAAAGAAGGGCAACUCCAGGCCUACAGGCUGAUCUGCGAGAUGAUGACCAAACAUCAGGAUGUUCUUCCCAAUUCUGAUUUCCUUGUACACUUCUACCACGUCAUGCAUAAGGCCUUUACCAGCGAAGAUCAGGAUGUGUUAAACACAGUCAUCAGGCACUGUUCCCCGCGCUUCUUCUUUCUCGGCUUGCCCGGUUUCACAAUGCUCGUGGGUGAUUUCAUCACCGCGGCGGCCCGCAUCCUGAGCACCGAGACGCUGGAGGCUCCUCGAAUUGAAGCACAAACUCUUCUUGGAUCUUUAGUGUGCUUUCCAAACCUAUACCAGCAGAUGCCAUUACUACAGACAGUUCCUGGAACUACUGAUAUCAUCGUAGGCAAUGAAGAAAUUAAGGACUAUUUGAUCAACAUCUUAUUGACCAUUGCGAGGAAUGAGCCCAGUGAAGGAGCAAGAUGCAUUGCCAUUUGUAGUCUGGGCGUUUGGAUCUGCGAAGAACUUGUGCAGCAGACAAAUCACCCAAAUGUUAGAGAUGCGAUAAAUGUAAUUGGUGUAACACUGAAGUUUUCAAAUAAAGUGGUUGCCCAUGUCGCAUGCGAUGUGUUCCAGCUUUUAAUCUGUCACUGGCAAAACCUUCAGAGAUAUGAAUACUCUCUCCCGAAGAAAAUUACUGAAAUUUUUGUGGCUACAAUCGCAUUUCUCUUGCCGAACGCAGAACAUUCAACUGUGGAAGCAGAUAAAAAGCUAAUGGUAUCACUGCUGCUCUGCCUGCUGGAUUGGUGCAUGGCAAUACCUUUGAAUACACUGCUAGAGCCUAUUACCAUGCCUGUGCUUGAAGACUCUUCACAAAAAGCUCCUCUGCUGGACUAUAUUUACAGGGUGUUGCACUGCUGUGUUUAUGGGUCUAACCUCCACACCCAGCAGAGCCAUUAUCUUCUUAGUCUAGCUGACCUGUCAGCUACAGAUUACGAUCCCUUCUUGCUUCUUGGAAACGUCAAGAACUGUGAGCCACAGCCGUCUCACUCAAGUGUGGAUUUUGGCAACCUGCUCACGGUUGCUGAGGAGAAGAAACGAAGAAAUAUGGAGCUGAUUCCCUUAACUGCUCGGAUGAUCAUGACGCAUCUUGUGAACCAUCUGGGUCACUACCCACUGAGUGGAGGUCCAGCCGUCCUUCACAGUCUCAUCAAUGAGAAUCAUGACAACCACUAUGUGGAGUCCUCUGAGCUCUCCUCCGAAGUGUUCAAGAGCCCCAACCUGCAGCUGUUUGUGUUCAACGAGAGCACUCUUGUUUCAUAUCUCCAGAUCCCAGCAGAAAAGGCUGGAGCUGGGGAGCCACAGAUGGCUUCUUCAGAGGUCAGAGUUAUUGUAAGAGAUAUCUCAGGGAAAUACUCUUGGGAUGGUAGAGUUCUCUAUAGGCCUUUAGAUGGACCAAUGUCUGGUCAAAAUAAUGACUACAUACCAACAAUGCAUUGUGGCAGUACUUGGUCUUCGGACAAGACGCAUCCAGCUAAUUGGGAUUGUCCUGAUACUGAGGAAGGGGAUGAUGUUCUUGACAAGCUUUUGGAAGAUCUUGGCCACAGUAGUCCAGAAUGCUUACCCCAGCCUCAGCUGAAGCUGAAUGAACCAGCAUCAUCACCAUUUGGAAUGAGUUUAGAGCAGGAAAAUGCCAUUACAGAGACCAUCUUGAGGCAGACUAACCAGGAAGAAGAAAAUGUGAAGAAAUGCAGUAAUGACUUAAGGAUGAAGGUAGCCAGUCAGAAAGAACCAACUCAUCAAGAACCCAAAGCUCCUUUCUAUUUCUGUCGGCUUCUGCUGAAUGAUCUGGGAAUGAAUUCCUGGGACCGGAGGAAAAGUUUUCAUCUUCUGAAGAAAAACUCUAAGCUUUUGAGAGAGCUUAAAAACUUGGAUUCAAGGCAAUGCAGAGAAACCCACAAGAUAGCCGUGUUUUAUAUUGGCGAUGGCCAAGAAGACAAGUGCUCUAUUCUGUCCAACACUGAAGGUAGUCAAGCAUAUGAAGACUUUGUCUCUGGACUUGGCUGGGAGGUGGACUUGGCCACUCACUGUGGAUUCAUGGGAGGCCUGCAGAGAAAUGGCAGCACAGGACACACUGCACCCUAUUUUGCUACCUCCACAGUUGAAGUUAUUUUCCAUGUGUCUACAAGGAUGCCCUCAGACUCGGAUGAUUCACUUACUAAAAAGCUUCGUCACCUGGGAAAUGAUGAGGUUCACAUCGUCUGGUCUGAGCACAACAGGGACUAUCGCAGGGGCAUUAUACCCACAGAUUUCGGGGAUGUGUUAAUUAUUAUUUAUCCAGUGAAGAAUCACAUGUUCUUCAUCCAAAUCAUGAAGAAACCACAGGUCCCUUUCUUUGGUCCUCUGUUUGAUGGAGCCAUUGUAACAGGAACCCUGUUGCCAAGUUUAGUACGUGCCACAUGCAUCAAUGCCAGCAGAGCUGUGAAAUCCCGCCUAACACUCUACCAGAGCUUCUAUGAAGAACGGGCACUGUACCUGGAAGCCAUAGUGCAGAACCACAGAGAGGUGAUGACCUUUGAAGAUUUUGCAUCUCAAGUGUUUACUCCCUCUCCAAGCUACUACUCCCUAAGUGGGACAGGUUCCCUCAGUGGCAGCACGAGUGCUGAGCUCAGCGUUGCCGUAGGAACAGACACCACAGAUCAGGUCUCCCCAACAAUGCCACGUGCCACAAAGAGCAGAGUCUCGGGGAAACUUCGGCGAUCGGCCAGCGCCAUAAGCAAAUCCUCCAACUGAACUUGACUGUUUUUUUACUUUUUUUUUCUCACUUUUUAAAAAUUGAAAUCUCAAGGGUUUGUUAGUUUUAGAACCUUGUCAUCCAUUCACUGCCGGGGUUUUUUUACGUACCACCAGAAGAACUCUUGCAGUGCUAAAAGUUCCAGCUAAAAAAAAAAUGAUUUAGCUGCAUUUUCAAUUUUAUUAUGUGUCUCUUUGUCUCUUUGCUAUAAUUGUGUAGUAUUGUAUGUUUGAUCUUCCCGUUCCUUCAUUGCACAUUUCAGAGUUUGUGGUCAAAGAUUUGGCAACAGGUAAUUUUGUGUCAUACCAUCUUUUAUUUUUAGAUUAUCCUUGAUUUUUGCCUAUGUUUUAAAACAGCUGAUUUAAUGAGAGUGAUUAGUGUCCUUAAUAAUAUGAGUAAAAUAUUUGAAAAAGCUAAGUUAUUUUUGCAGUAAUUGCUUGCUAUAUGACUAGUCCAGUAUAUAUUCUAAUCCAUUUAGUUUAAAAAGUGGUGAACGUGCAAGAUCACAAUUGUACGUCAAGGGAGCAUGUUAAACUGAAUUCCAGCAGAACACGCUUGAAGCUGCUGUGAUUGAGCUUGCUUUACAUUUUGUUAGCAGUAAAAAUGUACACAAAAUUUGGGAUUUUAGAUUAUUGCUUUCUCUUGUAGUCUGUCUAACAAUACUUCCAUUCAGUGUUUGCAGUGACCCACAUCAUGUGGGAAUUUUUUUUUUCUGGUUGCAAGAUCUUGAAAUACUGUAUCCUGGGAAUGUGUGUUGUCAUUGGUUUUCUUCAUAUUAAUAGGCAUCAAAGGGAAGACAUUUUGAACAAACAUUCUGCAAAUAGAAGCAUUCAUCUUUUUCACCUUGUCGUUAAUGUUUGUUUUUUCAAGAUUAUUUAGUAUGGCAAUUCCAAAUAAUCUUUUAAUUCACCUGUUUGAAUUCAAUAUAAUUGUAUAGACCAGAAAAAGUGAAAUGUAACAAGAUUUUUUGUACAUAAUAACCAUUGAAAGCUUUGUAGCCCAAGUGAAAGUAAGGGAUUGGUAAGUGCACAUGACUUUACUGACUGAAAAGACCUCUACAUAUGUGGUUUGUCUCCAUAUGUUUUAUAGUAACACCUACAUUACCUUGCAUGAUUUAUGUUGGAUCUUCUAUUAUACUGUAGGCGUCUGUUUAAAAUCUGAAAGACAAGAUAGUCUUCAUUAGAGUCUUACUCCUGCUUGUAUGCAUCUCAUUUCCAUGUAUUAUCUUUAGUUUGUUUUGGUUUGCUUGUUUUUUUUUUCAAUCCUCCAGAUUAAAAAAAAAGAUUAGAUUACAGUAAGUGUAAUUCUGUGUAGUUAUCCUUUGUAAAAUACUUUAACCUUUCACAGAUUCCUUUAAUACCUGUUUCUUAAUUAAAUUGUUUUUCAUCGGCCCAUGAAGCUACAAAUAUUCCAUUGUGACAUUCCAAUGUUUCUAUUUUGCACUAAUCAGCUGUGAUAACAUAUUGUAAAAGUGAAUGUUUCUUCCUGUGGUUAGAUGUAAACCACUUUGAUUUUUUUUAUUUGUAAAUAUGGAGUAAUAUUUGAUAAACACAAUUCAGUUAUAUUAAAUUGACAUUUCUUUCAUUGAGCUGUUAACUUCAGUGAAUUAGCUGAUUAGAUUAAACCUGCAAUCAGAGCCUCAGGUGAUUCUUACCUAAACAUGCACUCUGUAUCUGGAACAGAAACUGGAAAGUAUUGCUCACCAUGCUGAUGUAAUACCUGGCUUUGAAGCUACUCUGUGUACUGUGUGGUGUACACAAAAUCAAUGCAGACACAGCAUUUUUUCAGUUUUCUAUGUUUCUGUGAAAAGUCAUUUCCCUACAUCUAGUGCACCUAAUGCAUCUUUCUCGAUGGUUUGAGUGGAGAUGAACUGUAAAUGGAGAUGCACUGUCAUUUCUGAGAAACCUUGCUGUAUCAGUCUAUAUGUUAUAUCUACAUUAUAUGUCUUUCUAUAUGUUGAAUAUGAGUAUGUCCUUUUGUUCACACAAAGUUGGCUGUGUAUGUCAGACAUUUUCCUAUAGUGUUGAGAUGUUGAAUAAAUGUCUUAAAAAAAUAGCUUCAAAAUUCAAAAUAAUGUGGGCUUUAAUUAGACUUCAGCACUAAAGUAGUAAAACUAUUCUAAAGAUUUUUUUUAUUUCUCAAGAAUUGAGACAGUCUGAAUGAAUAUCAAAACACCUUGAAUACCAUAGAGUAACAGGCAGACAUUAGUUACUAGCAGUACCUUUGUUAUGAGAAGAAUACAAGAGUGCUUUUUCCAACGGGUUUUUUUUUAAAGACAACUGAAUCCUCAGCCCAGUAUUAGCAGGUAACAAAAGGAAAUGGUUCUAAGCACUAAUGCGUCCUUAUCAGUCUCAGCUGGUACAAUAAAAGCAAGGUGCAUUUAACAACCACUUUAAUUUAAAAUGCUUAAUUACUUUAGCUCUCCUGUAUCGCUGUAGAUUCAUCUAAGUGUGGUUCACAAAUACAUACCAGCCAGGUGCAUAGGUUUCAGAAGUGUGCAUCCAAAAAUACACAUGCAUGUUCAUUGUUAUGCAUCCCUAACACAUUGAUAAAAUAAAGAGGGAGUGUGCACAGAGAAUCUCUAGAGAUAUGACACAAGCACAUAAGCCUUUCACAAUGGUUACUUGGCAGGUACCUGUAACAUACUGUAGUUAAGUAGUGCAGUUGUUUUACAAAGUUCGAUAUGAUACUGGGAGUUAAAGGUUCAGAUAAGUUGCACAACGAACGUAAAUAAUGCCAGCAUUCAGGGGGGACAUGCAGAAUGCCAGAACUGAAGUCAUUUUACCCUCCAGAUAAUUUGAAUCUGGCUCUUUGUUGUUUCCAUAUGGUCCCUUGGCGAUUCCGUUGCCAUGAAAGCCAGGUAUUAAUCAGGCUGUGUGAGCUCUACUAGAGAUGCAACUCCAUCCUGCUGCACUAAUUUGCCUUACCUAUACACAAUUCUCAAGCACUGAUAAAUAACAUAGGAGGCGUGUUCUGAGAGUUGCACUCAGAAAUCUCUAUAUUAAAGAAUGUAUGCAAAUAAAAUUCUGUCUUUUAUGGAUCUGUCAACAAGUAUGAAACUACAAAAGCUAGUGUUAAUUCUGCAUUAUAUAAAAUAAGCAUUUUUAAGUGUGUUGCUUUGAAGCAUAUUCCUGUAAUAUAAUCUUUGUAAAAGAGCUGGGGUUGGGGGGCUUGAAAUACCCAUGUUUUAUUGUUAACAUAUCAAACUGUUUUUAAUUCUAAAGAAAAUCCUGGCUACCUUUAUUAGAAAUGUGAGAUUUAAAUGAUGUUUCAUUAAAAGUGAUUUGAAAUUCA